AUGGAUGCCGACAUUUCGAUUAAAUCGCCGAUGCUUGAAGCAGAACAUGUUUUGCGACCGCGUUUGGUUUCCAAAAAUGGUGAUUGCCUUAUACAACAGCAUCAAUUGCCUCAUUCAUCUCAAGAAUAUUCCAGUAAAAGGAAUAUAUUUUUCAGGAAUUGGUUUCAUCUCGUUAUCGAAUGGAGUUGGCGAUGCGUUUUGUUAUUGUUUGUUGGAGGAUUCGUAAUUUCAUGGAUGUUUUUCGGAGUUAUAUAUUAUAUUAUUUUUUUAAUAUCGGGCGAUUCGAGGUUGAAAGCGGAAAACAAGCAAUGCAUUGCCAAUAUAAACGGGUUUAUCAGUGCCUUUCUUUUCAGCGGAGAUUUUCAGCAGUUAAUUUCACAUCGUUAUAGGUUUAUGACUGAUAUGUGCCCUCCAGCUUAUAUAACAUUAUGUAUACAGCUCAUUUUUGGUAUCUUUCUUCAAACUCUAUUAGCCGGAAUCAUUGUUGCUAAGUUAUUACGUCCAAAAAAACGCAAAAAGGAAGUGCGGUUUUCACGAUUUGCGGUAAUUGGACCGAUUGAUGAAAAUGAUAAAAGACCAACUCUAAUGGUACGAAUAGCAGAUAUUCAACGCAAACUUUAUCUUGCUGAAUCUCACGUUCGAUUAUAUAUAGUAAACUCAAAAGUCAAUCACCAGGGUCAACGUGAAUUAAUUGGAUUAAAAGAUAUGAAUGUUGGUUAUGAUCGUGGUUGGGACAGAGUUCUCCUUUUAUGGCCUAUUAUUAUUAGACAUAUAAUCGAUGAAGAAAGUCCUUUGUAUGGGAUAACUCGAGAAUCUCUACAAGCAUCCGAUUUUGAAAUAAUAAUGACUGUUGAAGGUAUAGUUGAAGCUACUGGUAUGACUUUUCAAGCAAGAACUUCAUUUCUACCGGAUGAAAUUCUUUGGUGGCAUCGAUUUGUACCGAUUAUUUCAUUAAACUGCAAAACGAAUGAGUAUGAAAUUCUUUAUAAUUUAUUUGAUGCCACUGAACGUAUCGAUGAAAAUGAAACGAAUUUAGAGAAUAAUUCGAAUUCCUUAGAUGGCAAAGAAAUUAAUUAUUCGAAUAGUUCUGGUUUUAUUUAA